AUGCCAAGGGCGUUAGAACCAAAUAACACCACACAGACCGGCAACUUCUGCCACAAUCAACACAACGCCCGCAACGACGUCAAGACACCCUCCUCAACACCCUCAAGCCCACAAUCACGAUGUCGGAUGCUCCAGGCCAAGUCGAAUGGGAAAAAUCGGGCUGGAUGGGCUGGAUGGGGGAUUUGUGAAUCGGAUGAGCCUUUAGUUGUCCUCCUCAAGGCGGGUCCUUCCGCUGGCCGCAUUGCGGUUGUUACUGAGAUUAUUGACCACAACCGGGCCAUGAUCGACGGCCCCACCACUGAUGUCCCUCGCCAGUCAUACCCUUUCAAGCACCUUACCCUCACCCCUCUUGCCCUCACGAAACUUCCCCGCGCUGCCGGCUCCGGUGUCGUGAAAAAACAACUUGAAAAGGAGGCCACAGUCGAGAAGUGGCUCAACUCCACCUGGGCUAAGAAGCGCGCCGCCGUCGAGAAGAGACGGACGCUCAACGACUUUGGCCGCUUCUCCGUUAUGCUUGCGAAGAAGCAGCGAACUGACGUGGUCAGGAAGGCCCUCGUCAAGGCUAGAAAGGCAUAG